AUGUCCACCACCUCCUACAUUGAUAUCAAUGCCUUGUUAGGCUCUUCCAGCGAUCCACAAACCUAUCGUUGGUCUUACUCUGCUCCAUUGGGCUCGGCUUCAUCCAGCACAACAACCACAGCAGCAACAAUAACAACCAUGUCUGUGGCUGGAACGAGUUCUUCUUCCUCGGCAGUGAGUAACUCCUACGGGUCCAUGGCCUUGAAAACAACCGAACAAUUAUUUGAAUCCUCUACUUCUUAUAAAACUCCAAGCUAUCAUCAUGCAAAUGAAAAUAAUAAUAUUCAGACCAAACCACAACCAGUCAAUCAUAAUACUCUCAAUGGUGGUGACGAUCAUCAAACCAAUAAUAAUAAUAAUAAUAAUCAAAAAUUGAUUUCAUCUUCUGCACACGAUGCAAGCCAACCAACAACAACAACAACUUCAAAUGAAAUGGACAAUGAUUCAAAGAGUGUGAUCAUGGAUGAAGAGGAUGAUGAUGAUGUCGUGUACUUGGGUUAUCAACAUCCUCAUACCAAUGAUGAUGAUGACGAAGAUGAAGACAUUUCAAACAACGUCGAUGCAACUCCACGCAAUACCAAAAGAAGAACAUUCAGACACUCUGAGCCAGUAAAAUCCGCUAGAUUCACGUCACCAAGCACAUCUCGUGCCCACAGAAACAUUCAAACUCCUUCACCAAGAUUGUCAUCACACGAAGAAGACUCAGAGACAGGUGAAAGCGAAUCAGAAGAGGAAGAAAAUUCAAUCAUUACAGACACUCCAUCGAUUUGUUCAGAAAGAGACUUGUCACCACCAAAGAAGAACAGAAAGACUAAAGGUAGGAAGCGUGAUCUUGAAGAAGUGAGAGAGAAAUUGAAAAAAUAUUCUAAAAGGGUGAAGAAUGAUGAGAGACAAGUGACACAAAAUGGUGUAACUGCUCAACAAUUCAUUGUACCUCACGUCACACCCUCGGAUAAUAAUUCACAACAACUGCCUUCUUCGAUUCUUCAACAUGUGGCACCACCAGGUCCUCAAAUACUUCAAGUACCUCCUCUGGCACAACAGCCAUCUGCUUCAAAUGAUGGUCAAACCGCUGAGCAAGCUUUCUCUGCGAAACAAGAAAUCACGAAAAAGUUGGUCGAUAGUUAUGGAGAAGAACGAUUGAUUCCUGAUAUAGUAAAUUUUGUUACUGUCAUGCAGAAAAUGAAUCCAGAAGAUAUGACAUGUGUUUUAAAAAGAAUAAUCGAAGAAAAUAAUGGUAACUUUUUGGACACAAGGAAUGCAUAUUAUUAUUUAUUGUGUGAAAUUAAAGAAUGUAUUCCCAGCAAAAGAGCAAAGGUUCAAAAGACUUGGAAUCGUAGAAAAGAUGAAACCAAAAAGAAUAACCGUAAUUGGAAGUUGUUGUUAGAACAAUACCCCAAAUUGAGCAACUAUGAUAUUUCGUCAAAAUUAAGCCCUCUACAAAUAAGAGACGUGAUCGACAAAUAUCCAGCGUUACAAGAUAAAUUUAAGUGA